AUGGCAACUAGUGCAACGCAGUGUUUAUUGAGGUGGUUUAUUGGCAAAAAGGAUAGAAAGAGUACAUGUGUUCGAACCCAGUGUCACCGCCGACGACUGGAAGGAAAAGCGCACUUCUCGAAGCGCCCUGCGCGGCCGACGCGACGAGCAGCCUGCGCAUCAUCCAUCAAAACAACAGACCUGCUUCUUGGCAGUCGGAAGCAGGUCCAGAUUCCAUCUAUUGGCAAGGACACUCUUAGCAUAGGAUUUGUCUUCAGGAUUCCAGAGCAUUUCAUCAGAUGCGCCAAUAAAGUAAUGACUCUAUAUAAUUAUGAGUACUACAUAGCCAUUAUCUCCAAAUAUCAUAAU